AUCUAAACAUAGGUAAUAAAAUGUAUUAUUACAUUAUGAUUAUAUGAAUAUUUCUAAUACAGUUGAGAAUAAUAUGAUAUCUUGUUGGUAAAUUGUAACAUUGUUAACUUUGCAUUUUUAAAAGCAAGGUAGACUAUACAUUUUGUGUGAUUUCUUAUACCGAUUAUCACUCAUACCGCCGAAUCGAUACACCAAUCUACGUCUAUUGUCAAUAAGUAUUACUUGCUACCAUACGUGGACAUAAUUUUUAUCACACGCCGAACUAGUAUUGCCACCUGGUCUUAGAAGAACUUCCUGUCUGUUAUGGCAAUUAAAUUGUAUUGUUAGUCUUCCAAAGUCAUCACUUACUACAUAUUUACGAAUACAUCACACUUUUGAAAUCGAUAACUUCUUAUCAAGCAAAACUAAUUACUAGAUGCCAAUAUUUUGUGAAAUAUCAUUUUUCCGUAGAAGUUAUACAGUCUAAUUCACUACACUGACUUUAUAAUCUCGCUGUAUUAAGCUUUCUACUUAUGUCACGUUUAUCUUCCCUAAGAAGUUGGUUCUGAAUAAAUGAAUAAUAAAAUAUAACUAAAUUAUUGUAGUUACUCAAGAAUUAACUGUUAAAACUUGGGUGAAGCAAACAGAAGGGCCUAAUAAUAAUUGAUCACUGAAAACAGAUCAUGUAAUCAUAAAUUGUAGAGCUGAUCUGUUUUCAGAAGUAAUCACAUUUGUAUCGUUAAUAUAUCUAACGUAAUAGAAGCUUGCGAGGUAAUAAUCCAUUAUGCUAACAGAUAAUGCGCAUUGCUUGAUAUUUACAGUAUUACCGAAAGGUUGUUCAAAUUUAAAGUGAAAAAAAUUUAUUAAAAAAACAAACAAAAGAUAUAAUAAUAAAAGCUAAAAAUAAAGAAAACCUUAAAAAUAUACAUGUAUAUUAAUAAGCGAAUAAUAAAUAAAAAUAAAGAAAUAUGUAAUCAUUUAUGCAAUUAUGUAAGGGCACAAAAUAUAAAUAAAAAGUUUUUUACUCUUAACUUCUAAUUGAUUCAUUGAUUUGGCUUUCGGAUAUUGUCAAACAUUCUUUGGAAAUGUUUUAACUCCUUGAUGUGCAGUCGAAUAUUUUAAACUCUGUUACACUAUAACAAUAACAAUAUGAAAAUACUGUCAUUGCUUUAGUUCUAACAGCAGGAAGUCAAAGAUGCCCUGCUUGAAAUAAUUACUUUUGUUCCUCCGUUAUGCAUCCAUGACUCUUCAGAGAUUUAGUUCAACAUAGAAUUUGCAGCAAAUAUCAUGUCAUUUCUUUAUCGUAGCUUGAAUUCGAGUGGAGUACGAAUUUAUCUAUAUUAAAUCGUUAUUUAAUUUGUGAAAAAUUAUCACCAAUGAACGCUUCUUUGGUAAAAAUAAAAACACAAUAAUUUUGACUCGUUUCUGUAAAAUAUUAUAAUAACCAGAGUGAGAAACAUUUUUAGAUAAGUAUAAACUUUCAGUAUGACAAUUAAGAAUACAAUGGUAUUAAAAUGUCACCUAGUUUUCUUGAUUGUGAACAAAUUAUUUGCUACCGGAGAGUGGGUAGAGCUGCCGCAGUUCUCCGACGAAACAAAGGUUUACAAAUUAGCGGGAAAUCGGCAUGAUACAUUGUAUAAUAAAGUAUCUAGCAAUGAUUAUAAAACUGUGUCAGACAACAAUUUUGCAAUUGCAAAUGCAUUAAAUGAUUUUGGAAAUACGGAUGGGAACAUUGCUAAAGUAAUUAUUUCACAUGACUCCAAAGAUCCUGAACACCAUUCAGAAUUAAUCGCAACAAAUCCUUCAAACUUCUCCAACCAGUCUUCAUUGCACAUCUACAAUAAUGAUGAUCGCAAUGAUGACUCAGUGGAUACAUUCACACAAAACGUAGACAUAAUCUCUAGUGUUAAAGACGUUGUACACAGCAAUGUGGUGACGUCUACUCCAAUGGAACACUUGACUGUGGAAUCACCAACCGAAAUACUCGAUGAUCCAACAACAGCGAUACCAAUAUUACAAUUCCCAACUACUGGAAAGCCUUAUUCUGAUAAAAUGUCAUGCAACAAUCAGACAUUAGAAGAUUAUUUGCCAAUGGAAAUGCUGAGGAAGGUUCAUCAAACUCUAAAAUCUCAACCGUCAACUAUGAAGGGAAAGAUUCGAUUCUUGAAACAGUUUGAGAAGGAUUUGAGAGCGGAAAUUGAGGCACGACUCGUCGCUGCUUUAGCUCCACCUAGGCGAACCAGAGGUGCUCAUGACUAUUGGGAUAAUGACGAAGAAAUUGGUUUUCCCUCUGUGGAAGGAGCUUUAAUAGCAAUAUCAUUUUUAACUUUUGCUGUUUACCUAGUACAGCUAGUUAUGCUGUUAUUCCGCAAUACCAACAAUACGGCGAACGGUGCUACCAUUUUCUUUGGAAGAAAUCGACGAUCGACAAUGGACUCGCUAACUAAUAAAACAGAUGAGAUUCUUUAUUAUUUAGACACAUUUGAUACAGAAUAGUGAUUACAGAUAGUCAUAAUUCAUUAGGUGUAUAAUUCAAGAUUAUUAAACUCGAUGCAAUUCAGGCAAGCUGUUAGCGAAUAUCGAUAUUUUAUGAGUUCUUCGCAGAUAUAAUCUUGAAACAUUUUUAUACUAGUUUUUUAGCGUUGUGUAAGCAUGUUGUCAAAACGGAAUUUAAACAUACCGCAAUACAAUGA